AUGAAUAAAGAUUACUCGGCUCCGAGUUUUUUCGGUCAAGUCUUAGAUGGCAAUGACGAUAACAGUGCCUGUAUGAUAGACUAUACGUUCAAUACAAACCUUCAACAACAAAAGCAAUCGAUGCCACAACAGCAACCGCAUCAACUAGUGUCCCAUUCUUUAGAUGAAAUGAGCUUUGCAGACGUGAUGCACUUCGCGGACUUCUGUCCGAAACUGGCGUUGAGCCAGACCAGGAACCUUGACGAUCAAGAAACCAGGAUUGACCCGGUUUACUUCUUGAAUUUCCCAGUCUUGAACGGAAAGAUAGAAGAUCAUAACCAAACCCAACAUCUCAUAUCUUCUCAAGGAGGUGAGUGUGGAGGAAACAAAGGCAACGAUGACCAUAACUCCGUGCAACUCCAUUUUAUUGGAGGGGGAGACGAAGAAGAUAAGGAGAACAAUAAUGUUACGACAAAGGAAGUGAGGAGAAAGAGGAAGAGAGCUAAAAUAAGCAAGACCAGCGAAGAAGUUGAAAGCCAAAGAAUGACUCAUAUCACGGUCGAGAGGAACCGUAGAAAGCAAAUGAACGAGCAUCUACGUGUCCUCAGGUCCCUUAUGCCUGGCUCCUACGUUCAAAAGGGAGACAAAGCGUCUAUCAUAGGAGGAGUAAUAGAAUUUGUAAGAGAGCUCGAGCAACUUCUACAAUGUCUAGAAUCACAGAAGCGUAGGAGAAUCUUGGGAGAAUCCGUUCAUAGCCAAAUAGGGGACAUGACCACACCAAAAAAUGUGGCAGCUAACCAAACUCAAAUCGAAAAUGUAACCGAGCUAGAGGGCGGAGGAGGGCGGAGGGAGGAGACGGCGGAGAACAAGUCGUGUUUGGCUGACGUGGAGGUGAAGCUACUAGGGUUUGACGCCAUGAUCAAGAUACUUUCAAGAAGAAGACCAGGACAACUGAUCAAGACUAUAGCUGCCUUGGAGGAUCUUCAUCUCUCUAUCCUUCACACUAACAUCACUACCAUGGAACAAACCGUCCUCUACUCCUUCAAUGUCAAGAUUACAAGUGAGACGAGGCUUACGGCAGAAGACAUAGCGGGCUCCAUCCAACAAAUCUUUAGUUUUAUUCAUGAAAAUACCAUAAUUUAA